AUGACUUCUACUUGUAUCUCCGCGAAGAACAUGGACAGCCAGCUUGCAAAAAGCGGGAAACACAAUCUUGCCCGCGUCGAUACACCCAUUUCGACACCACCCACGACGCCUACACCAGCAGCGACAACCGCACACGAUCUUCACCGGGAGAUACGCAAUAUCUACCAACGACUCGCACCACUCACCAGCUUAGCGCCAUCCGAUCUUGUGAAUACGCUGCUCUCCAGGCUCGUGAAUCUCUGCAUCCGACCCUACAGCGCAGAAAUUGUGGACCACUUCAGCCGCAUCGACGGCGUCGAUAUGCUCUGCCACGACCUCCAAAGACUAUGCGCGAUUGCAGAAGGCGAGCUUGAGCGCUAUUGGGCACAAAGUAUACUCAAGGAUGCUGCCUCCCAUACAGGUGCGUCGUCCGAAUAUCAUCAUUCUUCUUCGCCUACCGUGCUGGAACUUUCGGAAGAACUGCAAAGGGUCGGGUUUGAAAUCUUGGCUGAGAUGCAUCCUUGGAGUGAUGUUGUGAAUUCGGUGAUCAUACUGAGAGUUACGGAGUGA